GAAGCCAACCAAAUCAAAGAAAUUCAAUCAAAAAUAUAAGAGGUGGACCACAACCUCUAUACAAACGCAAUGUUUCGCGUCGCCAGCCAAACGCGGACAUGGUUUGGCCACCACCGUGUCGGAUACGUCCCGCUCCCGGGGUCGCGAACCUUUCUUUCCGCGACGCGUAGUACACGCGCGUCCACCAAGAUCCGCAACGGUAUUCCUCUCCGCAUCGCGUCGCCGCCACGGUGGGCUCCACUUGUGGGAUAUCUCGUCAGCUGUUCCUCCGGCAUCCUCUACCCCGCAGUUUGGUGCGAUGACCACGCAAUUUCCGGACACGGUAGCAAACACCACGCCCCAAUCGCACCGAUCCAUCGGCACGGGACGCCACGACGCCGCAGUUGGCGCCGCCGACUCGCACGGUGUGACACUCGCACCCGUCGUGUUGCUGUAUCCCAUUGCCCUGUGGUUCCACGCCGCGCAAGCGGCCAACGACGACCCGGACAAUGCGAACGGUGGGGGUAUGUUGGCCAAGGACGCCCGGCAGAUUGUACUCACCGAUACAAAGCCUGCGUCGGGAUGGUUGGGAUGGUAUCUACAAAUGUGUCUGACCUGCGUGGAAUGGAGUGGCGCCGCCGUCAUUAAACUCAUGCAGUGGGCCGGAUCCCGCCCGGACCUGUUCGGACACGAAUUCUGUGUCGUCUUUUCGCAACUGCAAGAUCACACCACGCCGCAUCGAUGGGCCCACACCGAAGCCAAACUGCAAGAAGCCUUCGGGAAGGAUUGGCAAAACAAGAUUCGGCUCGGCGACGUCAUUGGUAGUGGUUGUAUUGGACAAGUGUAUCACGGGCAAGUCCUGUCAACAGACAACGAUGGUGGCGGCGCUUUGGGUCAAAUGCGCGACGUGGCAGUCAAGGUGUUGCAUCCUAAUGUUCAGUCAGAUAUCGAAGCCGAUCUAGAUUUGAUGCGGUUGGCAGUCCGGGCCGUCAAGUACGUCCCCUUCGAUGUCUUUGCCAAUCUCAAAUGGCUCAAUAUGGAAGGCGUCGUCGACGAGUUUGCUCAUCUGCUACAGUUGCAGCUGGACUUGCGCCAAGAGGCAGCCAAUCUAGAACGUUUCAAUGCAAACUUUAAGGACGUGCCGCAGGUAGAGUUCCCCAAACUGGUGGAAGGCUACGUACCCACUAAGAACGUUCUUGUCGAAUCAUUUUGUGUCGGUGUGCCGGUUCUCAAGUUCGCCCGGGAGAAUCAACACAAUCACAACCUCAUGCGGGCAAUUUGCCAAACCGGAAUUCGAGCGGUGUGCAAAAUGAUUUUUCUCGAUAAUUUUAUGCACGGUGAUUUGCAUCCAGGAAACGUGUACAUUUCCCAGGACGGCAAAAAAAUUAUCCUGUUUGACGUGGGAAUUGUCGCCGAAUACUCGGAGGAGGACCACCGAGCAAUUGUGGACGUGCUAGCUGCCUUUAUUCGCAAAAAGGGCCGAGUCGCUGGACGCCGAAUGAUCGCAGAUUCCAACAACCGUUUGCGGGGUAGCGGUGAUUAUGCGCGCGAGGAAGAAAGGUACAUUGACAAAAUUGAAGAAUUGACCAUCAAAGCGAGCGGGAAAGAUUACUUCAUGGAACAUCUCGGGACGUACAUUUCGUACAUUUGUGACGCAGCGGCCGCGCAUCACGUUAUGAUGAAUCCUUCCUUCAUUUCGGCUGCUCUGGCCGUGAAAGUACAAGAGGGCAUUGCAUUGGCGCUGGACCCUUCCAUUAAUCUACCCAAGGUUGCUAUUCCGGUAAUCAUUGAGGCCGAGCGACGACGAGACGGGCUGAUCAAAAGCGCUUGCAAAGUUUUGGGUGUAGAUGAAUGGAUAUCGUCCCACUUUGGUACAAAACAGAAGACCAAUUGUCAGUCACAAUAA